ACGCGCUUUCAUUGUGAUUGCUCGUGGCGCGAACGUUUGAGUAUCAGUACGUUACGUUCCAUCAUUUCGAGUUGGACAAGGGCAUUUGUAGGAGUGAGAGCAUUGCGAUCCGUAAUUCAUGGGAUCCGACACAAACAUAAGUAUAAGAACACAGAGAUUUACCUAAGAACCCUAGGCCAGAUCACAAAUUAUAACUAUUACACGUCACACUCUACUAGCUGGCCAGAACUUGCUAAUUGGGCUUGUUCAAGCUUCGGGACUACGAUUGGUGUACACUAUCAGUGGUCAUUUUGAAUCAACCAUCAGCCAGACUUUCAUGGAAUUAGUCCAUUACAAUUCUGAGGAUAUUGAUCUGGAUGGUAUUUUCCAAGAUUCAAAUUAUUGCAUCAAUGAACUUAGCUCAAAUGCAUGAUUUCCAUGUUCUAAAUGCACUGCUCGCACAUUAUGUCAAAUCAAGCAAGCUCUGCGAAUGGGGUGAUGUGACAUUCAUCUGAAAACUUGGCAGCGAACAAGGUUGUUUCGGAUAAACACAUAGAAACGAUCCACCUCAAGAAUGGCAUGUUUUUCAGGAAAGUAGAGUAUAACAUCUCGGUGUUAUCAAAAAUAAAGCUUAUCGGGCUGCUCCUAUCCUUGCUCCUUAAUGCUUUGGAAUCUAGGGUUUCCUUCUUGGAAGUGGAAGGGAAAGUAACAUCCAAACGUAUUGCUAAUGUUCGCUAAAUUCAUUUUAAGCACGUGUUGGCUAAGGAACUGGAUGCGAUGGGAUAUCGAAUUGCCGGCAUAAGAAUCUUCCAUUCUAGCUACAAAUGGCAAAUAUGGUUUUGAUCCGGCAAAUUCCCAUUCCAAUAUGUUACCUUUUACACUUGCCAAACUUGGAUGUACUGCGACCAAAGCGGGGUACAUAUAUUUACACGGGAAUAAUCCGUCAGUUGUAUGGACAGGGUCUCUCCGUAACCGAAGUGGGCUGCAUACAUAAAUCCCCUCUAAUAUACGAUAUCGUUCGACUAGAUAGACGAGAGAUCAUCCCGUCUUUCAUAGUGCACAUAAUCUCAGGUCACCACACAAACGAAUCAUUCUCCGCAAUGAACGUUGCACUCAAGGGAGACAUACGUUAUUCUUGUUCCUUUCCUUGACGGAAUUUUCUCCCAAUAGUCCCCACCCCCACCGGUUUUGCUGCCAUGUGUGUAAACGUCUGGCGUAUCACAGAUCAGCUUUCUUCGUAUGCAAACGUGAUUCGUGUGUGUAAACAACAUGGUCUUGCCUAGCUUUGGCACCCUGCUAUCGAUCAAAGAUAGCUUUUAUAGAACUAGACAACGAUUAUGUAGCCAAAAACACCAUCGACGUUCCCUCACAAGUGUUCGCUGAUACAAACAAGAUACCUGAGAUCAUUCUAUGUACGGGUGGUGUGUUAUGCGAUCCGGUUUUCACAGGUGGAUAAAAGAACCCGCUAUAGAUGUUCCACUAUAAAUAACGUGUUUUUUGCAUCGGUGAAUAUUUAUGCACCCCAGGUAUGACCGGGAUAUCUCAGGUGCCAAGCUGAGACAUCCAGGACUCUAUGCUGUUGAUCAGAGUGUUAAUCUAUCGAAUAGUUGUUUCACAUCUAGCUGACCACUUAUAUAAGCCGCUCAGUGACUUACUGCGAGUAGCUGCAUUGUCACUAUGAGUCUGUGUUGGCCAUGAUUCUCCCUUGCUAACCGUACCUGCAAACAAGACUGAUCACUUCAUUUAUCAUCUGGAGCCCACCAAUAAUGAGGGGAUCAUAUGUUUCGAACAAUAUCGCAGGCCAGUGGAACUCAACUCCCUUUCAUAUUGGAUAUCUUGGCGAGUAUCCUUCAUAUUCUUCCUAUUAUCCAUCCCAAAGGCAUAUAAGAGGGAGGGGGUUCAACCAGUAUCUCAUCACCCCAGAAAAUCACGAAGAAGUCCAGUGGCCGUCCGUCUUUACCCAUAAUGAAGAACUUCGCUAUCUUCGCCGUUACGGCAAUCUUGCCAACUCUCUCGUUAGCUCAUUACCACUUUCCGCACCUGAUCCUUAAUGGCAAAGUCACCAACCCCCACGAGUACGUUCGUGAGCACGACAAUGGUUAUAUGCCUUCAUGGUCCGACGGAGCCUUCUUGAACAGCAAUGAUCUUCGUUGCAAUAAGGGCUCAGAGAACCAUAGAUCGCAGCCUAAGACUGCCCGUGUUGUAGCGGGUCAAGACAUUGUGGGCUUCGCUACAAAUGUGCAAGCCGAGCUCCGUCACCCAGGACCGCUUCAGAUCUACUUGUCCAAGGCGCCAGGUGACGUCCGUGAUUAUGACGGAUCCGGACCCUGGUUCAAAGUUUACCAGUUGGGUCACCAGAGUGGAUCCACGGCCGACCCAGCAUGGCUCACGUGGGGAAAGAAGCAAUUCACCUUCAAGAUGCCAGCCGAGAUCCCCGCUGGUCAAUACCUGAUGCGCAUCGAGCAUAUUGCUACCCACCAACCAUACAAGGGCCGCGAGUUCUUCCUUCAGUGUGCACACAUCGAAAUCGUCAGCAACUACAACGGCCAGGCUCCAGGACCCACUUUCAGUCUCCCCGGAGGUUAUAGUCGUGAGAGAGAUGCCUUUUUCCAAUAUGAUUCAUGGGCCCAGCCCCAGCCCACUGUCUGCCCCCUACCAGGCCCGAAGAUGUGGCCGAACGACAACAACCUUAACAAGAUCCUAUGA